CGCAAAGAUAAUUAUUUGUUUGAAGGGCCGAAAAGUAAUUCAAGAAAAGCCCAUAGACUCAAACUUGAAGCCCAAUAAGUUUUGAAGUGUGCGUUUACUGGCAGGGACCAAGCCCAAUGUUCUAAACAAAAACACCUGCGGGGACCAAAAUUAAGAAUUUACUUCUUCUUGCUCUGUUUCUUCAAGAAGUAGUACUCCAACUAUAAUCAUUUUUUUUUGCGGGUCCAAUUAUAAUCAUUCGAUGGAUCUCCGGGCACUGACGAGGAACGAGCAACAACUCUUGUAACCUGCACUCUUGCGUCCCAUUUCAUUUUUCUUGACAGGCAUUCUUGUCUCCUUUCUGUUUGUUCUUCCAGGAGAAAACCUCAAUUUCUACACGCAGCCGCUCAGUGUCCGUCACCAUCAUCAUCCUCGAAUCAUCGAUCGCCUCCGGGAUUAACAUAUACAGCCAUCACUAUCACGCGCCGCCCACUCCUUUGCCACGGCAUCAGAUACACCCAAAACCAACAAACUAUCGAAUCAACGAUCGUCUGCGAGCAGAACACCGUCGAUCCCCCAGUGCACGCCCAGCCCGGAUUCUGCUCUGAGAAAAACGACCAUGAGCUGCUCCGGCCAUGAGCAGCAGCAGCCACACGCGGUGCUCGUCCCGCAGCCGGCGCAGGGCCACGUGACGCCGAUGCUGCACCUGGCCAAGGCGCUCCACGCCAGGGGCUUCCACGUCACCUUCGUCAACUCCGAGUACAACCACCGCCGCGUCCUCCGGUCCCGCGGGCCGGGAUCACUGGACGGCGUCGAUGGCUUCCGCUUCGAGGCGAUCCCGGACGGGCUGCCUCCGCCGUCCGAUUCCGGACACAACGACGACGUCACCCAGGACAUCGCCGCGCUCUGCUUGUCCACCACCAAGAACAGCGCGGCCCCGUUCAGGGCGCUGCUGUCGAGGCUGAAGGAGAACGACGACGGGACGCCGCCGGUGAGCUGCGUCAUAGCCGACGGCGUCAUGAGCUUCGCGCAGAGGGUCGCCGAGGAGGUCGGCGUCCCGGCCUUGCUAUUCUGGACUACCAGCGCCUGUGGCUUCGUGGGUUAUCUCCACUUCGCCGAGCUCGUCCGACGAGGCUAUGUGCCACUCAAAGAUGAGAGUGACCUGACCAACGGAUACCUGGACACCGAGAUCGACUGGAUCCCCGGAAUGGAAGGCGUCCGUCUCAGGGACAUGCCCAGCUUCAUCAGAACCACGGACCCGGACGAUAUCAUGCUCAACUUCGACGGCGGCGAGGCGCAGAACGCGCGCGGCGCCCGCGGGCUCAUCCUCAACACGUACGACGCGCUGGAGCACGACGUUCUCCGCGCGCUCCGCCGCACGUCCUUCUUCCCGCGCCUCUACACCGUCGGCCCGCUCGCCGCCAACAAAUCCUCCGUUCUGGACGGCAUCGGCGGGAACCUCUGGAAGGAAGACGCGAGCUGCCUCCGUUGGCUGGACGCCCAGGCGCAGCGGGAGGGGCCGGGCUCGGUGGUGUACGUCAACUUCGGCAGCAUCACUGUGGUGACGCCGGCCCAGCUCGCCGAGUUCGCGUGGGGCCUGGCGGGCUGCGGCCGCCCGUUCCUUUGGAUCGUCAGGCCGGACCUCGUGGCCAGCGGCGAGAGGGCCGUGCUCCCAGAGGAAUUCGUCCGAGAAACCAGGGACAGGGGACUCCUGGCGAGCUGGUGCCCGCAGGAAGAAGUCCUGAGGCACCCGGCGACGGGGCUGUUCCUGACGCACUGCGGGUGGAACUCGACGCUGGAGAGCAUCUGCGCCGGGGUGCCCAUGGUCUGCUGGCCCUUCUUCGCCGAGCAGCCGACCAACUGCCGCUACGCGUGCGCCAAGUGGGGCGUCGGGAUGGAGAUCGGGAACGAUGUGACGAGGGAGGAGGUGGUGCGGCUUGUGGGAGAGGCCAUGGAUGGCGAGAAGGGGAAGGCGAUGAGGGCGAGCGCGGUGGCGUGGAAGGAGAGCGCCAGGGCGGCGACGGAGGAAGGCGGGUCGUCCAGCAGGAACUUGGACCGGCUCUUCGAAUUCUUGCGUGCGGGAUGCAGGGAUUGAUGAUGCUGCAAGCAGAAGUUAAAUGGGUUUGGAAUCAGUUUGGUUGGGCUUCCCUGCUGCUUUCACCCCUGUCCGGCCCAUCAGUUCAGCACUACGAAGAACACAAAAUAAUGCUAUGAAUGCAAAGAUAAGGACCCGUCGUGAUCCCAGGUUGGUUGGGCCUAAAUUUAUUUAUGGGCCUGGUGGCGCAAUGCCAAAUUAGUCCAACUAUAUCCUUCCUCUUCUCUUUUUUAGCUUGCCCAAAUGUAAUGGGCAGAGUGGCUGACGGCAGAUAUGUUCGCCUGGCUUUCGAUCGGGCUCGUUAAUCAAUAAAGCCAGUUUCGCUCAAAAAAAAA